AUGGAGUCAGGCAGGCGCAGCUUGGCCAAGAUGCUGGUGUGCCGGCUCUGGACGACCAUCAGCAAGGCUCUGUUUGCCGAGUUCCUGGCCACGGGGCUGUACGUGUUCUUUGGCGUGGGCUCGGCUCUGAGAUGGCCCUUGGCGCUUCCCUCUAUGCUGCAGAUUGCCAUCACCUUCAACCUGGCCACGGCUGUGAUCGUGCAGAUCACCUGGAAGGCUAGUGGGGCCCACGUCAACCCUGCUGUGACUCUGGCCUUCCUCGUGGGCUCCCAAAUCUCCCUGCCCCGUGCUGUGGCCUACGUGGCUGCCCAGCUGGCAGGGGCCACAGCGGGGGCCGCUCUGCUUUACGGGGUCACGCCCGGGGACAUCCGAGAGACCUUUGGGGUCAACGUGGUCCGGAGCAGCGUCUCCACGGGCCAGGCGGUGGCAGUGGAGCUAGUCCUGACCCUGCAGCUCGUGCUCUGCGUUUUUGCUUCCACCGACAGCAGACAGACUACUGGCUCCCCAGCUGCCACGAUUGGAGCCUCUGUGGCAGUGGGCCACCUCUUUGGGAUCUACUUCACCGGCUGCUCCAUGAACCCAGCCCGCUCCUUUGGUUCUGCUGUCAUCGUCGGGAAGUUCGCAGUCCACUGGAUCUUCUGGGUGGGACCUCUGACGGGGGCUGUCCUGGCUUCGCUGAUCUACAACUUUAUCCUGUUCCCUGACACCAAGACCCUGGCCCAGCGACUUGCCAUCCUCACAGGCACUGCGGCGGCGGUGGAGGAGGUAGAAGGGGUGGAGCCCCAGAAGAAAGAAUCCCAGUCCAGUUCAGAGGACACUGAAAUGGAGAAUGUGUGUCAGGUGGCGUAG